GCCUUGGUCAUGGCAUGGUAUUGUAGUGGGUCUACCAAUACUGAGCUCAUCGAGAACCUGUUCAAGAGUGGCUUGAUCAAGAACAAGCGGGUGAAGGAAGCCAUGUUACGUGUUGAUCGAGCCCACUACGCUCCAUCGCGGCCUUACUCGGAUUCCCCGCAGUCUAUUGGACAUAAAGCUACCAUCUCUGCCCCGCAUAUGCACGCACAAGCGUGUGAGUAUCUUAUCGAUCAUCUUCAACCUGGUUCCCGAGUACUGGAUAUCGGAUCUGGCUCUGGUUACCUCACUCACGUUCUGGCCAAUCUAGUGGCGGGUCCAGAUGCGCCAGAACAAGGCCAGGUGAUUGGCAUUGAUCACAUAUCUGAUCUGAUUGAUAUGUCCCGUACCAACAUUAACAAGUCCGAAGAAGGUCGCAAUCUUCAGGAAUCUGGAAUUGUCAAGAUGAUCACCGCCGAUGGACGCCUAGGUUGGAAAGAUGGAGCUCCGUAUGAUGCUAUUCACGUCGGUGCAGCAGCCGAAAGUCUUCAUCCUGCAUUGAUGGAGCAGUUACGUGCACCAGGGCGACUGUUCAUUCCAAUUGAGUCAGAGGAAGAGGGAACAAGUGUGGUAGCUCGUGGAGGACAGUACAUAUGGGUCAUUGACAAAAAGAUCGACGGAUCGAUCCAUAGAGAGAAGGUCUUUCAGGUUAAAUACGUACCUCUGACCGAUGCUCCUCGAGGUUGA